UUACGAUAAAAAAUAAAUAAUAAAUAAAUAAAUGAACCUUUGAUCUGGCAACACUACUGAGCAACGCAGGAGAACGCGGCCAAAGACAAGGAAGAGGUCGUCGUCAUCUUCCUCGUCUUUAUUUACUCAUUUACGGCGCAGGAGGGAACAUGAAGGCGGGUGCGUGUGAGUAUGAGGAGGAUGGGGAAAAAGGAGCGGCUGGGAACAAAAAGCCUAAUGGUCUGCCUAUCUGGGGAAAUGAAAAGACUAUGAACCUCAACCCUCUCAUCCUCACCAACAUACAGUCUUCACAGUAUUUUAAGGUCAACUUGUACCAGCUGAAGACAUAUCACGAGGUAAUUGAUGAGAUCUACUACAACGUGAAUCACCUUGAGCCAUGGGAGAAGGGCAGCCGGAAAACAUCCGGUCAGACUGGAAUGUGUGGCGGGGUGCGAGGUGUGGGGGCGGGUGGCAUUGUCUCCACAGCGUUCUGCAUCCUGUAUAAACUCUACACACUGCGGCUCACCAGGAAGCAGGUGGUGGGCCUCCUCAACCACAGUGACUCCCCCUACAUCCGGGGCCUCGGCUUCAUGUACAUCAGGUUCACCCAGCCGCCAGCCGACCUGUGGGACUGGUUUGAGCCGUACCUGGAUGAUGAGGAGGAGAUAGACGUGCGUGCAGGAGGCGGCCAGACAACCACCAUUGGCCACACGGUGCGUCACAUGCUGUCCAAACUUGAGUGGUAUUCGACACUCUUCCCUCGCAUCCCUGUUCCCAUCCAGAAAGAUCUCGAGAAAAAAUUGUCAGAACAUGCGGCUGCCAAAGCUGCUACCAACCCUCCAGUUGCCUCGCCAGCAAAGAAAGAUUGGUACGGUGGACGGCCAGAAGCAGAAGCCCCCGAGAAGGACCACGGGCGGCCACAAGGGGGCAGCCAAGAGCGCAGCUGCCAUGACACAGACCGGGGCCGAGAGUUGGACCGAGAGAACCGAGAGAGAGAGAGGUCCCGGGAUAGAAUCCGAGAAAGGGAUGCCCCACGCUCACAAGAAUUUGACAGAGAGAGGCGGUCUGACCGGUCGAAGGAAAGGAACGGUGACUUCGACCGCAGUAAAAACAGGCACCGUGACCGGGAGCGGGAACGAGACCGGGAGCGUGAUAGAGAAAGAGACAGAGAGAGGGACCGGGACAGAGAGAGAGAGAAGGAGAGAGAUCGUGACCGCCACAGGCAUCGUGAGAAAGACCACAGCAGCCAUGACAAGAAACAUCGGCGACGGGACCGCUGCAAUUAUCCAGAUGACAAAGGGGACUUUGCUGAUUUGUUGGAAAGGGAAAAGCACCGCAUCAAGAAGGAGCGCAAAAGAGAUGGCAGUCGAGAGCGGCCAAAGAGGAGCAGGUCACCUGACAAGGAUCGCCGUCGCCACCACUGAAACCAGCUGUGUAAAUACUAAUGCAACUGGUUAUUAAGUAGGAAAGGUGGAUUGUAGCCCGUUGUCAGGUGGCAGUGAAGGUGCUUAGGUUGGAGGUGAAGUUAUAUCCCACAAGUGAUGAGUGACUGAUAAUGUUCAGGAAUUAGAUGACUAUUGUGUUAGAGUGUAAAUGACCAUCAUGAAUUUACCUUUGCCUGUGAGAUCUAUUUUAAAUUAUUUAGGUGAAGUUUCAAGACUGAUGAGAUAAAUUAUGAUUUCUUCAGGUGCAUCACCAGUACAUUCCCAAGAAAGUGAUUGUGGUACUGUUCUCUGGUGUCAUGAUGUUCCACCUCAGGGUGUUAAAUAUGUGGUGGCUGGCACAAGCUUAGUGUUAGCAGGGUGGCUAGUGAGCUGACCACCCUGCGUUAUGCUGGCACUGUUUCCUGUAAAGAUGGGAAGUGUAACGAAGGAAGAUAACCAUUUCUUCAUUACACCAACAGCAGCAGCAACAACAAAUCAUUAGCAAAGGAUCAGCACUAGGAAGAAAAUAUAUUAUUUGCCCCAGCAUGUAUUUAUUAUGAGGGUGACUGGAUAAAACAAUAAUGUUAAGAUGUAUAGUAGUUAUACAGAUGUUAUAUUUUUAGUGCCUCCAGUGGUCAUUGAAGAAAAGUUUGGAGUAUUGUUUUGAUAGUAAAAUUCUCAGUGUUGAGUGUCAAGAAAAACUCCAAUUAAGGUACAAAAAUGGCAUAUUGCUGUGUGAUGCCAUCAUCAACCAAGAGGCUUCAUAUUUGUAUGAUAAUUGACUGAAUUUUAUUAAAAGUAAUGUUUUU